CAGGCUCCCGGGACUGCGAGCGCCGCCGCUGCAGGUGGGGAAAGGAGCGUCAGGAGGAGAAGCCGCCCGGCUUGGCAGCUCGCUCGCUCGCUCUCCCGCCGUCCUGAAGGGUUUCCAAGCGCGCCCCAGAGCCGCGCCACCCUGGUUCCUCGGAGCCUGGGUGAAAGCUGCCGCCGGCUGGCGCCCGCGCUACUUUGCCAGGAGGAAGCGGCCAGCGGGGGCUGAGCGGGACUCUCGGCGGCCGCUGCUUCUGGCGGCGGGUCUCUCAGAAUCUGGAUCAGAUUCUGAAUCAAAGGAUCAGGAUCAAGAGCAGAAAGAAGCUUCGGGUCAACAAGGAUCGGGUGGGACAGGGGCCCAAGGACAGCAGCAGCAGCAACAGCAACAGCAGCUGAGUGAAGAGCACCAGAAUGCAUUAGAACAAUUUUCUGGGGUUGCAGCUCACAGCACUCCUGUGAAAAAGGAACCGGGCAGUGACAAAGAACGCGAAUUUGCUGCUGCAGCAGCAAAACAACUGGAAUACCAGCAGUUUGAAGACGACAAGCUCUCUCAGAAAUCAUCCUCAAGCAAGCUUUCCAGAUCUCCUCUCAAGAUUGUCAAAAAACCGAAAAAUAUGCAGUGCAAAGUAAUCCUUCUAGAUGGCUCAGAAUACGGCUGUGAAGUGGAGAAACGUUCAAAAGGCCAGGUGCUGUUUGACAAAGUAUGUGAACAUCUGAACCUGCUGGAAAAAGAUUACUUCGGGUUAACAUACAAAGAUAUGGAAAGCCAAAAGAAUUGGUUGGACCCAGCCAAGGAAAUAAAAAAGCAGAUCCGAAGUGGUGCUUGGCAUUUCUCUUUUAAUGUGAAAUUCUAUCCUCCUGAUCCUGCCCAGCUUUCUGAAGAUAUUACCAGGUACUACCUCUGUUUACAGCUGAGAGAUGACAUAGUUUCUGGACGACUGCCAUGUUCUUUUGUUACACUUGCACUAUUGGGCUCCUAUACAGUUCAGUCAGAGCUUGGAGAUUAUGAUCCUGAUGAAUACGGAAGUGAUUACGUCAGUGAAUUUCGCUUUGCACCAAACCAUACUAAAGAACUGGAAGACAAAGUAAUAGAGCUUCAUAAAAGUCACAGGGGAAUGACACCUGCAGAAGCUGAGAUGCAUUUUUUGGAGAAUGCAAAAAAACUGUCCAUGUACGGAGUAGAUCUGCACCAUGCCAAGGAUUCUGAAGGAGUUGAAAUCAUGUUAGGGGUUUGCGCAAGUGGUCUCUUGAUAUAUCGGGACAGACUCAGAAUAAACAGAUUUGCUUGGCCUAAGGUUCUCAAAAUUUCAUACAAGAGGAAUAACUUCUAUAUCAAAAUCCGACCAGGGGAAUUUGAGCAAUUUGAAAGCACAAUUGGGUUUAAAUUACCAAAUCAUCGUGCUGCGAAGCGUUUAUGGAAAGUAUGUGUUGAACAUCAUACAUUUUUCAGGCUCUUGCUCCCAGAGGCUCCUCCCAAAAAAUUUCUUACGCUGGGUUCCAAGUUUCGCUACAGUGGAAGGACACAAGCCCAGACAAGGAGAGCAAGUGCACUGAUAGACCGCCCAGCACCUUACUUUGAGCGUUCAUCAAGCAAACGCUAUACGAUGUCUCGCAGCUUAGAUGGCGCAUCAGUCAAUGAAAACCAUGAAAUGUACAUGAAGGAUUCUAUGUCUGCUGCAGAGGUUGGUACUGGCCAGUAUGCCACGACAAAGGGCAUCUCUCAAACGAACUUGAUAACCACUGUGACUCCAGAGAAAAAGGCGGAAGAGGAGAAGGAUGAGGACCAGAAUAAAAAGAAGAAAUCAGAAGAAGUCACUCCAGUCUCAACAAUACGGCAUGAUACAAAGCCACCUUUGCUUGGUACAGAUCCAUUACAUACCUCACCAUCCUCACAAUCUGGUCCCUUUGCAUCUUCAACAAAGCCCCGUAGGAGAUGUAAGGAGAGUGGUCGAAAACCAUUAGAUUGCAAGUCAUCUAAAAACACUGCUCAAAAGCCUGACGAGUCUGAGUUGGACUCUGAAAGAAAAGGAAGAGUUUGCUCAGUUGAACAAGAUAUGGCCUUCAGCUAUAAACAAAAGGCUGGUAAAGGCGGGACAUUGUUUUCCUUCUCCUUGCAACUUCCAGAAUCAUUCCCCACACUCCUGGAUGAUGAUGGCUACUUAUCCUUUCCUAAUCUCUCUGAAACCAACUUUCUGCCAGAAAGUGUGCAGCACUUCCUUCCCAUUCGCUCACCAUCCCUUGUGCCUUGUUUCCUCUUCAUCUUUUUCUUUCUGCUUUCUGCCUCUUUCUCAGUGCCAUAUGCUCUCACUCUCUCCUUUCCUCUGGCUAUGUGCCUCUGCUACCUGGAGCCCAAGGCGGCCUCCUUGAGUGCUUCACUUGACAAUGACCUGAGUGACAGUUCAGAGGAAGAGACUGACAGUGAAAGGACAGAUACUGCAGCUGAUGGGGAAACCACUGCCACAGAGUCUGAUCAAGAAGAAGAUGGUGAUCUCAAGGCACAGAAUAGUCUGAUUAAGCGCAUAAAGGGUGAAAAUGUGUAUGUCAAACAUAGUAAUCUUAUGUUAGAGGAACUAGAUAAAAACCAGGAAGACCUGAUGAAACACCAGACCAAUAUAAGUGAGCUGAAACGGACAUUCUUGGAAACUUCCGCAGAUACCUCAGGGACCAAUGAAUGGGAGAAGAGGCUUUCUACAUCACCAGUCCGGCUUGCUGCAAGACAUGAAGAAGCUCCUAUGAUUGAACCACUUGUGCCUGAAGAGACCAAAGAAGAGAGAGAGAAAUCUGAAAAGCGUAUAUUUUUGCAGAAGGAAAGCACUGCAUACCUUGAUUCUCAGGGCACUGAGGAUUGGGUUAUUGUAGACAAAGUACCCACUGAGGUAGUUGAUGGUGAAUCGAAAACCAUUGUGACAUACAAAGUAAUGACUGUGAGCAGUAAAACUGGUGACAUCCCUGGCAAGCUUUUAAAAUCCACUGACAUACAGAGCUUUGAGGACUUGGAAGGUGAAUUGCAGUCGAAAGACUACAAUAAGCAGAAAAUGUACACCUUAGGAAAAUCCUACGAUACUGUUUCUGGGAAAAUUCUAACCAUGACCACUAAAGUAAAAGAGGGAGAAAAAAUUGCGCCAUCAUCACUCGAAGCAUUUCAAAAAAUGGAAAGGGCAGUGCCAGAAUCUGUGAAAAUCAUUCCCGUAGUAGCAGAAUAUGAAAUUCUAGAACCAAUUACUGAUGAGAGAGCCAGAAAAUUAUCUGAUUCAAAAAGAAGGGUAUCUGAAUCUUUGACACCUAUUAAAGAGACAGACUCCCGGCUGCAGAGCCCUGAAGACGAAAGUUUGAAGAAGACCUUAAAGAUGGACCAGGAUUUGCAGUUGCGUGAUACACUGGGCAACAUACAGAUUUCCAGAGCUGAGAAACCUCUUGACAGUGAAAGACUAAAAGGAGAGGCAUUUGGUCGGAAAGAAAAGAGUAUAUCUGAGUGGAAGUAUUCCAGAGAACCACCCUUGACCAUUGCUACUGCUCACUAUGUUACUGAAUCAUCAGCAUCAAGAGUAGUGACAAAACAGCUCUCCGGUGAAAAAGCUCUGGAUGGUUCAGAUAUCUUCACUUUAAUAGAGUCUGCAAGAAAACCAACUGAGUUCAUAGGAGGGGUUACAUCUACUUCACAUAGCUGGGCACAGAGAACAGAAGCUAAAACCGAUCAGGAGAUACGUUCUAGUGAGAAGAGGACAGAGGAGGAGAAGCAACAGGAGGCUGUGAAGAAGGUUGUGCAGGAAACUGUAAUGGUGGAGGAGAGACAUGUGAUGAGUGUGCAUGCAAGUGGGGAUGCUGCUAAAUUGGCUGGCGUUCAGCUGGAUACUACAGCAGAGGCAAUAUCGCAUGUGGCUUCUAGCAUCAAAGGGAAAGAGGGCUCUGCUGUGACUGAGGGGGCUAAAGAGGAAAAGAUGCAGGAGGCUGAAAAAGCUUUAACCAAACAGGAAGAAACUGCUACUGUAUCUCACGAUCAGGAGGCGAGUGCAGCAGCCCAUGCUUUGGAUGCACUGGAAAGAAAACCUCUUUUUGAGUCACCAAUUGUGAAGACUGAGUCAGUCAGUUUUGGCAGUGUUUCUUCAGGUGGGGAGAAGUUGGAAAUUUCUAUGAAGGAAGUGCCCAUCGUUCAUACUGAAACAAAAACCAUUACAUAUGAGUCCUCAGAGGCGGAUCCUAGUGCUGACUCUGAACCAGGAGUUCUGAUGAGCGCACAGACCAUCACAUCUGAAACUACCAGUACUACAACUACUACACAUAUCACUAAAACAGUGAAAGGAGGCAUAUCAGAAACAAGAAUUGAAAAGCGAAUAGUCAUCACAGGCGAUGCAGACAUUGACCAUGAUCAGGCGCUGGCUCAGGCAAUUAAAGAGGCCAAAGAGCAGCACCCUGACAUGUCAGUGACCAAAGUAGUGGUACAUAAAGAAACAGAAAUCACACCUGAAGAUGGGGAGGAUUGAUCACAGGAAUAAAGUAGCUUCCUUAUGAAUUCAGUCAUACGUGGGAAUACCAGAGCCUACAAUCUUGGUUCUAAUCCAGCAGGCUUGCAUCUCUCCAGAGAAAUUUUCAAUGUAGAAGAAUCAAUCUUGAUUGUUACUAAAGACACUGGCAGAAAUAUCGUCCCAUUUACAGCAAUCUGAAUCAGCAUUAGCAACCCAAUAUUUGCAUGAAGCAAUGAACAAAUUACAAAAAACACAGCAUUUUAAUUUUCCUAAACUAAGUUUCCAUCUAUACCUGCACGUUCAUCAACAAUAUAAAGCAGUGAUCUCAUGCUACACAUGAAUCAGUUCAUGCCUUCAGUUAUUGAAAAUCUAAACAAACCACAGUUUCUUAGGUGGCAAAACUUUUGUUUAGGGUAAGUGAAGAUUGCCCUGAAAUGCUAGAAGCUGUAUAGGUACUGUGUAUAAUGUUUUAUCACGUUAGAUGUGCCAAUAACACACACUGUUCAGUAAACAACUUGAAUCAUAUAAUUGUUUUCAUCUGGUUUUAUUACUCUUGUCCAAUAAACAAUGGCAAAUCGCUAAUCUUAUUUAAAUGCUUACAAAAUGUGCUUUGUUUACCUGGUUUGAGACCUUUAAUAGAUAGUAAUAAUUUUAGCAUUGUUCAGACUUUAAAAUUAGAAAUUCGGUCACCCUUCACAAACCCUCAUUCUAUAAAUUAUGUUGUGGUUAUUUUAAAGAAAAUUUGUGUUUUCCUUACCAUUUCAGAAAUAUUAGUCUGAUUUUUUGACAUUUUUUGUAUUGAUUUCCCUUCUGUUCUCAGAGAAAAAUGUUUAUUUUCAGAGUCUGGUCAGCAUUUCCUAGGUCAGAGUUAAGCCUUAAACUGUACAGAACACCUACUAAACAUUAUUUGGUAUUGGUUAUCACAUUCACUUGAGGGAUACUGUCUUCAUUACACUGUCAGUCACAUCACAACACAUGGUGAAUGUAUGUUUCUGCAUAGUGAAAUAAAAGUGGUAAACGCACCAAAAUUUG